CCGCCUCUUCGCCCUUUCACCCAAUACGCAUGCGCCAAACAUUCGGUCAUUGGCGCUGUAGCUAACAGCGGAGCUACAACAUGGAGAGAAAAGUUUUGGCUCUUCAGGCGAGGAAAAAGAGGGUCAAAGCCAAGAAGACCUGCAAAAAGCAGCAGGCAAAUCCCAGAAGUCGUCAGCAGGCCCAACACGAAGCUUCGCCUCAGGAACCUGAAGAACCCGAGGAGAUUCUGGGCUCUGACGAUGAAGAGCAGGAGGAUCCCAACGACUAUUGCAAAGGCGGCUACCAUCAUGUAAAAGUAGGUGACCUUUACAAUGGAAAGUAUCAUGUCAUUCGGAAACUGGGCUGGGGACACUUCUCCACCGUGUGGCUCGCCUGGGACAUCCAGAUGAAGAGAUUUGUUGCAAUGAAAGUAGUCAAAAGUGCAGAACACUACACUGAAACUGCCGUGGAUGAGAUCAAACUUCUCAAGUCUGUGAGAAACUCAGACCCUGAUGAUCCUAAACGGGAGAUGGUGGUCCAGAUGUUGGACGACUUUAAGAUUUCCGGCGUCAAUGGAACUCAUGUCUGCAUGGUAUUUGAGGUUUUGGGGCAUCACUUAUUGAAGUGGAUCAUCAAAUCCAAUUACCAGGGUUUGCCUCUACCCUGUGUAAAGAGCAUCAUUAGACAGGUUCUUCAGGGCCUCGACUAUUUGCACACAAAAUGUCAGAUCAUCCACACGGACAUCAAGCCGGAGAAUAUCCUGAUGAGCGUCGACGAGCCGUACGUCCGCAAGCUGGCGGCAGAAGCUACGGAAUGGCAGCGGACGGGAGCGCCGCCUCCCUCGGGCUCAGCAAUUAGCACCGCACCUGCUCCAAAACAGACUGUAAAAAUGUCCAAAAACAAGAAGAAGAAGUUAAAAAAGAAACAAAAGCGACAGGCGGCGUUGCUGGAAAAGUGCAUCAUGGACCUGGAGGAGAUGGAGAAGAUCACGGAGACUCGAGAGGAAGACGACGAGGUGGACGAGGAGCCCGAAUCUCCAAAGGGCCGGGCCUGUGCUCCUCUGAAGCACAUGCCUCUGCAAGAUGUGGGGAACCAAGACGCAGAAGUGACAAAUGGUGUCAAAAGCGUUUUUCUUCAUCGGAUGGUUUCAGAGAGCGGCGUGAAUGCAGACGGGUUGGCCGAGAUGAACUGUAAUGGACAUGCCGAGUCGGAGCAGAGACUACCCCGGUGGAGGGAGGAAGACCAACAUAAUGGAAACGUUGCAGAGAAGAAACACCACACCAUCUCAAACGGCUUGGACCUCAAGGAGGAGCUACGCACUGACAUUGAAGGGGCACACUGCAGCGGGGUGUCUGCCAGGCAGGUGUGUGCCGGGCUGGGGGAGGAACCGGGGGAGAACAUUUGUCAAGAGCGGGAACACGAUGGAAGUGAGGGAAAUCUGCAAAAUGGCAAGCAAACGGCGGGAUCCCUGCUCGUCAACCCCCUUGAGCCAAUCAACGCAGACAAGAUCAAGGUCAAGAUUGCAGACCUGGGAAAUGCCUGCUGGGUGCACAAGCACUUUACAGAAGACAUCCAGACUCGGCAGUACCGCUCCUUAGAGGUACUCAUUGGCGCAGGUUACAGCACACCGGCGGAUAUCUGGAGUGCAGCCUGCAUGGCAUUUGAACUCGCCACAGGAGACUACUUGUUUGAACCACACUCUGGUGAAGAUUAUUCCAGAGAUGAAGACCACCUUGCUCUCAUGAUCGAGUUGCUCGGUAGAGCUCCUCGCCACUAUGCGCUGAGCGGGAAAUACUCACAGGAAUACUUCACAAAGAAAGGGGACUUAAAACACAUCACCAAGCUGAAGCCGUGGGGCCUGCUGGAGGUGCUGGUUGACAAGUACGAGUGGCCCAGGCAAGAGGCCGAGUGCUUCGCCGACUUCCUGCUCCCCAUGCUGGAGCUGGUCCCCGACAAGAGAGCCACGGCGGCCGAGUGCCUGCGGCACCCUUGGCUGGCCCUCUAGUGGACUUCCAUCUCCUUCCACUCUCUCCGGAGAAUGCAACAGAUCACUUUCCACUUUGGGCAUAUCAUUGAAAUAUUUAUUUCCCUUGGUUGGCGUAUGUGUCGGUUCUUCUCUCAGCACGAUAGGGAUGUUCCUCAGUCGACUUGGACUGCCGUACCCAAUUCGUAGGGACCUGUUCUUGUUCCGCUAGUGUUUCCUUAUUUGUUCUACUCCUGCAGCAAAAGCAAACAUAGGAUAUGUAGCCAUGUCCCCACAACUUCAUUAGUGCUGUCUUUUUACCGGGUCUUUUAUCUUCUGUUCAACAUGUAUAAUGUACAUUUUUGUAUUUGUAAAGAAGGCUUAGGAAAUUGCACACGGGGCUGGCAUGUACACUGACUACGGUAACGUUCUUGCAGCAUUAUUCCAGGCAGACUUACGUGGGUGCUUGUCUGUUGAUGCACAAACAUAAUCCUCAUCAAAAUGUUAAUGCUGUGUCAUAGCUUAAGAAUAAUGAUAAUAAUAGAUGCAAUAAUUUGCGAAUCCCUUUCAACCUCUAUUCAUCGGAGAACAGUGCAAAUACAUGCGAAUAGGCUCGACUCAAAUUGGGCUUGUGCUGCUUUCACCUGAAUGUGUACUCGGAAAGGAUUUGCAAAUAUAUUUUUCCACACAACAAAGGUUUAUUUGGUGUUUUUAUUUAGCUACAGUGCAACCUAGGGUAGAAUUCUAUUAUCUUUUUUUUUUAAUUUUUUUUUUAAAGGACGCUGGUGUUCUUUUAGAAAGGUAUUUCUCAAACUAUAUUGAGUCAAGGCACAUAUUUUAUAAUUAAUGUCAAAUUCACACACCACUAAACAAUUCUCUUUCUCACUAAAUGUCACUGCCAUAGAUUGUUGAGCAAGGAUGCAUGAUUUCUAGUAAAAUUCAGAAAGUUGCUCAGUUUAUUGGCAGUCAGUUGUGCUACAGUGACACAAUUUAGAAAUUAGUGUGCACCGGGAAGCCACAAAACAAAAAAACAAGACCCAUGGAAAAGGAGGAAAAAUAAAAAAGUGAAAAUAGUUGUAAAUAUCUGUACCAAAGAAUUUGCCUCUCUAUAAAUAUAUAGUAUUAGUUACUAUGUACAGUUUCUAACAAAUCUUAUAUCUUGGCUAAAGUGAUUUAGCUGGGUAGCUGUGUUUUAAUAAAUGGACCGAAAAUGUUUGUGCUUGGUUGUAUUGUGUGGCCAACAAGUACAUUUGUGUGUGUGUGUGUGGACUCAAACUUAAAAACUCAACCUAGAAUAAAAAUGUUGCAUACUG